GUGCUGACUACUUCGGGACCAACCGAGUGCGGGGGAUCAAAUCCAGGACCUUGCACAUUCUUGGAAAGCACCCUACCUCUCUGUACCCCCAGCCCAAUAUCCUGUCUCUUUGCACUAUGAUGAAAUAUUUUGUACACCCUACAUACAGCCUGGAAAUCCUGUCAAAGAAUAUGAAGAAAAACCGAGAAAGAUUCUGCCACAAAGAAAGGGAAUUUGUGUAUAAAUUCAAAGUGGGAACUGAGUGCUUAGAACUGAGAGUACCCCUCAAAUUUCCUGUUCAGGAAAAUGCCAGUCAUUUGCAUGGACGUCUGAUGCUGCUUCAUAGCUUGCCAUGCUUUAUAGAAAAUGACUUAAAAGAAGCUCUGAGCCAGUUUAUAGAGGAAGAAUCCCUCAGGGAUUAUGAUAGAGAUGCUGAAGCAUCUUUGGAAGCUGUAAAAUCAGGUGAAAUAGAUUUACAUCAGCUGGCAAAUACAUGGGCCAAAGCUUAUGCUGAGAGUACAUUAGAGCAUGCAAGGCCUGAAGAGCCCAGCUGGGAUGAAGAUUUUGCAGAUGUAUAUCAUGAUCUAAUACAUUCUCCUGCCUCUGAAACUCUUCUAAAUCUGGAACAUAAUUAUUUUGUUAGUAUCUCAGAACUGAUUGGUGAAAGAGAUGUGGAGCUGAAAAAAUUAAGAGAAAGACAAGGUAUUGAAAUGGAAAAAGUAAUGCAGGAAUUGGGAAAAUCACUGACAGAUCAGGAUGUAAAUUCACUGGCUGCUCAGCAUUUUGAAUCCCAGCAGGACUUAGAGAAUAAAUGGUCAAAUGAAUUAAAACAAUCAACAGCCAUCCAAAAGCAAGAAUAUCAGGAAUGGGUGAUAAAACUUCAUCAAGAUCUAAAAAACCCCAACAACAGCUCACUCAGUGAAGAAAUUAAAGUUCAGCCAAAUCAGUUCAGAGAAUCUGUGGAAGCAGUUGGAAGAAUUUAUGAGGAACAGAGAAAGUUAGAAGAAAGUUUUACCAUUCACUUAGGAGCCCAGUUGAAGACCAUGCAUAAUUUGAGAUUGUUGAGAGCAGACAUGCUGGACUUCUGUAAGCAUAAAAGAAAUCAUCGAAGUGGUGUGAAACUCCAUCGGCUCCAAACAGCACUGUCACUUUAUUCUACAUCUCUCUGUGGUCUGGUUUUACUAGUAGAUAAUCGGAUUAAUUCAUAUAGUGGUAUUAAGAGAGAUUUUGCCACGGUUUGCCAAGAAUGCACCGAUUUCCAUUUUCCCCGAAUUGAAGAGCAACUGGAAGUUGUCCAGCAGGUGGCACUUUAUGCUAGAACCCAGCGCAGGAGCAAGUUGAAAGAAGCACAUGAUUCUGGAAACCAAAAUGGAGGAAGUGAUGAUAAGAAUAAGAAUACUGAGAGAAAUUAUUUAAAUAUAUUACCUGGGGAAUUUUACAUAACACGACAUUCUAAUCUCUCAGAAAUCCAUGUUGCUUUCCAUCUUUGUGUGGAUGACAAUGUGAAAUCGGGAAAUAUCACUGCUCGUGAUCCUGCCAUUAUGGGACUUCGAAAUAUACUCAAGGUUUGCUGUACCCAUGACAUUACAACAAUAAGCAUUCCUCUGUUGCUGGUACAUGAUAUGUCAGAGGAAAUGACUAUACCCUGGUGCUUAAGGAGAGCAGAACUUGUGUUUAAGUGUGUCAAAGGUUUCAUGAUGGAAAUGGCUUCAUGGGAUGGAGGAAUUUCUAGGACUGUGCAGUUUCUUGUACCACAGAGUAUUUCUGAAGAAAUGUUUUAUCAACUUAGUAACAUGCUCCCUCAGAUCUUCCGAGUUUCAUCAACACUCACUCUGACAUCCAAGCACUAAACCCUUAUAGGUGGACACACUGGCAGAAGCGGAUUGUUAAACUCUCCAGGAACUUGAACUAUGCUGGAAUCCUGUCAAGCAAAAGAUGUCCAGAAAGCGAACCUGCAACCUAAGCCACAAAUGAAAUCAUGAUAUAUGUCUGUGAAACAUUCCAAAAAUUUGUAUACUGAACAGACUAGUGAUCAGCCCCUAAAUGAAACAUUCAUUCUUUAUGUCUUUUUAUGAAAGAAUAUCAUCCUUUUUCUACUUUUAUGUCCUAAAUUGAAUGUUAGUAAGUUAAUACUUCCUUUUUAUCACAAACAUUUGCUAUAGGAAUCUGUUGAGUACAUUUUUUGUGGAGACCUUUGACUUUCCCAGAAGGCUUGAAUUACAUACCAGGUACAAGCCAUAACUACUUUACUUGUCAAAUCAAAAUUAAAAAGCAGUGAAAUAUGCAUUGAAAGUAUGGGUUCCUUGUGGAAAUCUUUCUGUAGAAAUACAAAUAUUUGAGAAAUAUGUGCUUAUUCUUUUAAAUUGUCUUGCCUCAAAGCCUUGCUUUUAAUCUACUCUUUCUAAGUUUGUAUAAGUUAAGAGUCAGAAAAGUCUUUGAAUUCUUUACCUCUGUCUCAUCUUCCCUCUGUGACCUUGCCCUUGUCUAUUAAUAACAUUUCAUGGGCUGGGAAAAUAGUGUUCUUUUUUGCCAGCCUGAUGUAAAGUUAGUCCAAACCAGCACCUGGCAGGAUUUUAGUGCUCAGCAACACUGUGACAAUAUUGUGACAAUCAAAGAAUGAGGGAUUAUUUUUAUUUUUUCUGUUCUUCCUGCAUUCUCAGCUUUCUUACCCAUUCCUCUACCCCUUAUUUUCUUUGCAGAUAAAAGUAUCCCUAUUUCUUACUGAUUCCCAUCCUUUUCCAUUGUCUUUCUUCCACACUGUGUCAUCUAUCUCAUCUGUAACAAUUUUGCCAUGACUACAUUAAACAAAAGCAUGCAGACAUUUAUAAAAGCUAUAGUUUCAUCAAACCCAAGUUGUGUGAAUAUUGCAAGUGGCCAAUGGAAUGAAAUGGAGGGUCUUUGGUGCCCUGAUAAAGUGUUAUAUCUUGAAUAUAGAAACAAAAGCAUUAUAACUAGGAGUGAAUAGGUGAAUAUCAGAGACUUUUAGUUCUUAAAUCAAGAUGGAGGUGGGUAUAGUGGGAUCAAAUAAAAGGCAUUCAAAAAGAGACGUUAAGAAUCUUUCCACAGAAUUCUGUAAUCUAAGAUUACAACCAACAGCUUGAAGGUCACAUCCUGUAUUGGUGUACAGGAGCAAAGAUUCAUUCAUUCAUGGAAGUUCAGUAAAUGUUGCUAACCAACUCUGUCACCUCCAGGCUAUUUUAUUAAGUUACUUAUAAACUGGAAAUUUCAACUUUUGAUCAAUGAAAUCAAGAUAUAAUUACUGAAUAUCCAUUUUUCAGUUGGAACUGUGUUAUAAGAGAUACAUAAGCAGUAAGCUUUGGAAAAUCAUGCCUAUGAUAUUACAUACUAUUGAUGGAAACACCAAGCUGAUGGCAAAUAUGUAAUUUCAAAUACCACUCAUAUGCAUUUAAAUGGUAGGGAUUUAAUUAGGCAGUAAUUAAGGAAGACUAGAGUUUUGUAUUUGGGCCAAAAAGGGUAAGAUUAUGAUCUUUUUCUGAGUGUCCUGGAGAGCUUCUUGAAGGGAAGUAGUUUCAGGCACUUUAUAAAGAUGUUGUGCUGAUCUUCUUUCUGUCACUCUGUCAGAACACCUGAGGUAAUCAACUUUGCAGUAGGAAAGAUUUAUUUUGGCUCAUGGAUAUAGAGGAUAUAGAGGUCUCAGUCCAUGGUUACUUGGCCCUGUUGCUUUGGACUUUUAGUAACACAGUACAUCAUGGCAGGAAUGUGUGGUCAAACAGGACUGUCCACUUCAUGGUUGGAAGAAAGUAGACAGAUGGGAAGAUCUGGGGGUCCCAAUAUCCCCUUCAAGGGCAUGCCCCCAGUGACUUAACUUCCUUCCACUAGGACCUACCUCCUAAGGAUUCCACCACCUCCUAUAAUAGCACCACAGGCCAGACAUUUAGCACAUGGUCUUUGGAAGACAUUCAAGAUCCACAGAUCUGAAAAAGGUACCUUAGCAGACUGAGAAUAGAAAAAGCAUUCAAGCAUUCUAGGUAUAAGUGCAGAUAGGAGUCAUGAUGAAUGGCCAGUAUAUUGAGAGAAGCUAACCUCAAGAGUCUUUGGAGUGGCAGGGCGGGUGUCUCAAUGAGCAGAGUUUUCCACUUGUAUAAAUAGUUGAUUAUUCCCAAGACAGGCAGUGUCCUCAAGGCCUUAAAAGUAUACACUGGGCUCCAUUCUGUAUUGUUCUUUCCUUCACUCCCUUGUGUCUGCUCUCAAAACACCAAACCAAGCAAGACUAUAACCUUGCCAUCGAUCUAGAAGUAUGGUACCAGCAUGUGUGACCAAAAUGGAAGAAAUAUAUGAAAAAGAUUUUCAACAGAAAGAAUCUUGAUUGCCUGGGAACUGGAACAUCUCUUGUUGACGCAGCACAUGCCAUCAUUUAUGUCAUUUCAGUUGGAGCCUGGCUAAUUCUCACAAGAAGCAAAUGUUUCACUAAGGAAAGAUGAAUCCAUGGAGACAUUCCUAUUUUAGAGGCCCUAACGAGAAUUCACAGAGCUGUGUAGAAAGAAUAAACAAAGCUUAGAGACUGGAGCUAUGUCAGUUUCUUGUUGAAAAAAGUUGCUUUUCUGUGACUUCAUUUUUCCCAUUUAGAUAAAAUUGGACUGCAUUGCUUAAAAGGACUAACAGCAGUGUAAAAAUAAUUAUCCUAAAUUUGAAAUAAUAAAACUAUUUUACCAUCUG